AUGUCCUGGCAUUUGUUUUCUUAUUUGGUGAUGCUGCUGCUGUUUGUGCUCUUGACAUGCUGUGGCAUUGAAGCUGCGGGGAGUGCCCCAGGGAUGGACAUUAACUCAUUGACAGGGACGACACCGAUAACUGGUGCCAAAUGGGAGGAAAUGCAAUGCGCCGAAGGGUCAGUUCGCUCGCUUCGUGUCCCCAGCCUUGUGGAGGUGGACGGUGCUGUGUUUGCCGUUGCUGAGGCCCAUUGCAAGAAUGGAAGCGGCAGUUUCACUGGCAUCUUGUCACAACACCUCAAGGGAAUUGGAACAGAACCGACUGAGAUUCCGAUGGGUGCGGGCACAGGUUCCUUUCACACGCAGCUGCUGAAGGAAGGUGGUAAUGAAAUGAGGGAUACAGUGCGACCAACGACAAUUGUGAAUGACAACAAUGUCUAUGUGCUGCUGGGAAGCUGCAGCCGUGCAACAUUGGAGAGCAAAGAGGCUGAUCGAAGUGAAUGUAAGAUUAUGCUGGUGAAGGGGAGUGUCACUGACGGUGGAGAGAAGAAAGUCCAGUGGGGUGAGCCGCAUGCGGCGGACUUUGAGGCCCGAAUACGUGCUACACCCGGGACUUAUGUCUCUGCUGGCGGAGGGUCGGCUACUGUGAUGAGUGACGGCACACUUGUGUUUCCCUUGCAGGCCACAAGGAAUAGAAAUACCUUUUUGAUGGUCGCGCACUUCACCCCGUCAGAGAAUAGAUGGGAGCCUGUAGUCGAUAUGGUAGAUGAGGGUUGCAGCGAUCCAUCGAUUGUGGAGUGGGACGAUGUUUAUGAACGAAGGAUCUUCAUGAUGGCUCCCUGCACGAAUGGUUCCUAUUACAUGUACAAGUCUUUAUCUUUGUACUAUUGGCCGACCGGUGAGCCAAUUUCUCGCUUGUGGGGCAUCUCAGGCGAUAGAAAAAGGGAGGGCGUGCGAAGUAGCUUCAUCACUGCAACCAUCAAUGGAAAGAAGGUGAUGCUGCUCACCACGCCGGUGUAUUCUGAGGAGAAGGGAGAGGAUCGGCUGCAUCUUUGGAUGACAGACAAUGCCCGUGUGCACGACGUUGGGCCGGUGUCUCGCGAAGGUGAUGACGCUGCCGCCAGCUCCCUGCUGUACAGAAGCGGCAAGAAGGAGUUGAUUUUACUGUACGAGAAUAAGAAGAGCGGAGAUUCAUACAGUCUUGUCGCUGUGAACCUGACUGAGCAGCUGAAGCAGAUAAAGAGCGUGGUGAAGGCCUGGAAAGAUAUGGACACCGCACUAAAAAACUGCGCUUCCACUGGCACUGUUGACCCGCGGAUAAAGAAUGUUUGUAAAAGUGCUGUUCCCACCAAAGGGCUGAUUGGCUUUUGGUCCAACAGUUUGGAGGGGAGUUUAUGGAAAGACGAGUACUUCGGAGUGAACGCAAUGGCGCAUGGUGGGAAUGUGGCAGGCACGGAGGGGGGCGUGAGGUUCCGAGGCGCAGCAGCGGGGGCGGAGUGGCCGGUGGGCAGCAAGGGGCAGUUCCAGCCGUACCACUUUGUGAACAAUGACUUCACUCUUGUGGCGACGGUGAUGAUUAACGUGGUGCCGGAGGCAGACAGUCCUGUUCCUUUGAUGGGUGUGAGGAUGAAUGACGAUGCCAGCACGGUGAUUGUUGGUCUCUUCUACACGAAGGACAAGAAGUGGGGAGUGACUGUCAACGGAAAGUAUUGGGAGUUGUCAAAUAGAGGUGGUACGUGGCAGCCUGGCACAACGUAUCAAGUGGCACUGAAAAGGCAUUGGAAUGAGUUGUAUGUGUACGUUGACAAUAAUGAACUUGUUCAGGAAAGAGUUCCGGUCUCUGAGUACACCUCACGCGGUGUCUUGGACUUCUACGUUGGCGGUGACGGUGCGAAGGGGACAGAUGAGGUUGACGUGACGGUGGGCAAUGUCCUGCUGUACAACGAGGCACUUUAUGAUGAUGGGCUCACGAGCCUCAGUGCCAGCAAAGUCACACUUCCAACACCGGCUGCUGAUGGGCCACUCACAACGCUGGGGAAUGAUGGGGAGAUUGCCUCCAAGCUGAAAUCUGGAGAAAAGAGGGUUGGUGACGGUUUGAGCCCUAAAGGGCCUCUACCAGAGGAGGCCCAUAAAGGCAGUCACAGUGCUGGUGAGGAGUCUGGGUCUUUGCUGGCUUCGUCAUCACCGGCUUCGUCAUCACCGGCUUCGUCAUCACCGGCUUCGUCAUCACCGGCUUCGUCAUCACCGGCUUCGUCAUCACCGGCUUCGUCAUCACCGGCUUCGUCAUCACCGGCUUCGUCAUCGCCGACUUCGUCAUCGCCGACUUCGGCAUCACCGACUUCGGCAUCACCGACUUCGGCAUCACCGACUUCGGCAUCGCCAGCUUCGUCAUCGCCGGUUUCAUCAUCGCCAAAGGUGCGCCUGGCUGAUGGACCCGACGACGGUAGCAUGGCGGACGGUGGAUCCGAAAACACCAGCGCGGUUCUUGCGAAGGACACACCCAGCAUUUCUCUUUCUGGUGACAGCUCCGUUGCUUUCGACAACCUUACACGUGUGAGGCCCGAUUCAGGAAGCGGUGAUGGCACGAUGCGUGGGUGUGCGUCUCGGCUACUUCUGCUGCUAUUGGGGCUAUGGGGCUUUGCGGCCCUGUGCUGA